CAGAUCGGAAAAGGAAGCAUUGCUCACCCGACGAGACACUUCUCGAUGAUCCUCAUUCGAGUCAAGCACCAAUCUUGCAACGACGUUGACAACGACCCAAAUGGUGCGGAGUGCGUCUUUUCCUCUACGUAUUUCAACGGCGGCGACGAGGACCAUCAUACUGUGAUGGAGGGCCGAGGAGGGACGUGAGGAAGGGCCUGUGCAACGGAGAGCAGGCUAGGGAGAUGCAGAGAGGCGGGAGAGGACGAGCGAGACGGCGGGACAAGACCGGACCACCGACGAUGGACAAUGACAGCGACGACAGCGCCCUUUUGGGCAUUGACAGAGUGCUUGAGGGCACGACGAACGUGCCCAAGAUAACUGCCGUACGACCACUACCCCGCCCAUAUUCAACAUGGGCCUAUCCCGCUCCACCCAGGCAUCCCGGGCGUCUCAAAUUCGUGCAUCCCUCAUUCUUUGGGCAGGUGAACACAAAUUCAUCGUGCACUAGUCUCCCCGAUCCCGCCAUCGUCGUGCGUCAGUUCUUCAUCCCCAUCCCCGGCUCUCCCGCCCCAUAUCAGCCCCUACAGUGGCUCUAUCGCCCUUGGGUCCUCACCCCACCCCCGUUUUCGACACCGUGGAACAUGGUGGUGAUGUCCUUUUCCUUCCCUGAGCCUGCUGUCGCUGUGGGCCCGAUGCCAAUCGCAGUCUGGAUACACGGACUCGUAUGUGCCGUGGCUUGCCAGCGGCCGGCCUUCCAAGUUCUCUCAGCAUCGAUAAUUUGUCUUGAUGACACAUAUACCUAGUCAUUUCUGAGCCAAGGAAGAGUGUUUCGAAGGCAGAAUAACAAGAAAACCACGUGAAUCCUAUCGGAAAGAAAGCAUUGCCGGCAAAC